AAGCGAGGCGGUAUUGGAGCUUCGGUCACCGCUGCCUCUGCCGCCACCUUCUCUUCAGCGCGAAGCGGGGCGGUGCUUCUCCACAGCUCCGGGACUUGCCCAGAGGACAAGGACGGGGUGCGUUCCUCUGCCGCCGUUCCUGCCAGCGCCGAAGCCUCGGGAGAAGCGACCCGAAGAGCCACAAAGGAGCGCCGACGGCGAAGCUUGCGCUGCCAGCGGAGUCGCCAUGAGUUGGGGCACAGAGCUCUGGGAUCAAUUUGAUAAUUUAGACAAGCACACGCAGUGGGGCAUUGAUUUCCUGGAAAGAUAUGCAAAAUUUGUUAAAGAAAGGAUAGAGAUUGAACAGAAUUAUGCAAAGCAACUGAGAAAUCUGGUGAAGAAAUACUGUCCUAAACGUUCAUCCAAAGACGAAGAGCCCAGGUUUACCUCAUGUAUAGCCUUUUAUAAUAUUCUUAAUGAAUUAAAUGACUACGCAGGACAGCGUGAAGUAGUAGCAGAAGAAUUGGGACAUAGAGUAUAUGGAGAACUGAUGAGAUAUUCCCACGAACUCAAAACAGAAAGGAAACUGCACCUUCAAGAGGGUCGAAAAGCACAACAGUAUCUUGACAUGUGUUGGAAACAAAUGGAUAAUAGCAAAAAGAAAUUCGAAAGAGAGUGCAAAGAAGCAGAAAAGGCACAGCAAUGUUAUGAGAGACUGGACAAUGAUACCAAUGCCACUAAAGCAGAUGUUGAAAAAGCAAAGCAGCAACUAAACCUACGUACACAUAUGGCUGAUGAAAAUAAAAAUGAAUAUGCUGCACAGCUCCAAAAUUUUAAUGGUGAACAGCACAAGCAUUUCUAUAUUGUCAUUCCUCAAAUAUACAAGCACCUUCAAGAAAUGGAUGAACGACGAACCAUCAAACUUAGUGAAUGUUAUAAAGGAUUUGCAGAUUCUGAGAGGAAAGUUAUUCCAAUAGUUUCAAAAUGUUUAGAAGGGAUGAUUGCUGCAGCCAAAUCAGUUGAUGACCGCAGGGAUUCUCAAAUUGUAAUAGACUCCUUUAAGUCUGGCUUUGAACCUCCUGGAGAUUUUCCAUUUGAAGAUUACAGUCAACACAUUUAUAGGACUGUUUCUGAUGGAACGAUCAGUACCCCAAAACAGGAAGGAAUGAAAAUCGAUGCAAAAACCACUGUGGGCAAGGCUAAAGGAAAACUCUGGCUCUUUGGAAAGAAACCAAAGCCACAGUCCCCACCCCUUACCCCUACUAGUUUAUACACAUCCAGUACUUCUAAUGGUUCCCAGUAUCCCAUAUUCUCCAUUGAACAAAUCCAUUAUUGCAUGAAUGAAAUAAAGACAGGGAAGCCCAGAAUGCCUUCUUUCAAAAGCCUCAAAAGAGGGUGGUCGAUGAAGACGGGUCCUUCCCAAGAAGAUUUCAGUCACUUGCCACCAGAACAAAGGCGGAAAAAACUUCAGCAGAGGAUUGAUGAGCUUAACAGAGAAUUGCAGAAAGAGAAUGAUCAAAAAGAUGCCCUCAUCAAAAUGAAAGAUGUAUAUGAGAAAAAUCCACAAAUGGGUGAUCCAGGAAGUCUUCAGCCAAAAUUAAUGGAAACUAUGAACAACAUGGACCGUCUGCGAAUGGAAAUCCACAAGAAUGAGGCAUGGCUUUCUGAAGUUGAAGGUAAAGUAGCAACAAGAGGAGACCGAAGGCACAGCAGUGACAUCAACCAUCUCGUAACCCAAGGAAGAGAGAGUCCGGAGGGGAGCUACACAGAUGAUGCCAACCAAGAAGUUCGAAGCCCACCUCAGCAGCAUGGCCCCCAUAAUGAAUUUGAUGACGAGUUUGAAGAUGACGAUCCCUUGCCGGCUAUAGGACAUUGUAAAGCUAUCUAUCCAUUUGAUGGUCACAAUGAAGGUACCCUGGCCAUGAAAGAGGGGGAGGUUUUGUAUAUUAUAGAGGAAGAUAAAGGCGAUGGAUGGACAAGAGCUCGGAGGCAGAAUGGAGAAGAAGGAUAUGUGCCAACUACCUACAUAGAUGUAACUCUAGAAAAAAACAGUAAAGGUGCAGUAACCUAUAUCUAAUCUCCAGUCCAUCAUCUUGUCCAUGAACAUUGCUUAAUGAAUACUGAAGCACAUAAUUGGAUGGAAAAAGUCCAAAACUGUUUAUGAAUCCUUUCAAUAUGUGAUUGACCACAGGAGCCCAAACUAAGAGUUCAGUUUUGAAACUGGAAAAUGUCUGCGUAUUUAGAUCGUUCUGAGUGCCAUCUUUGCUUAAUGUACUUGCGCGUCUUCUUUUUCAGUACAGUAUUUUAUUGGUUUUCAUUCUUUUAAUAUUAUUCUUAUAAAGCUUAUUGCUUCCUUUUAAGAGCGUCAUUUUAGAACAAAUAGUUUCACGAGAGUAUACCAUCUCUGGGCAAUCGAUGAUUUUUCUUGAACCAGAGCUUGUUCCAAAAUGAAGACCGGCUUUUAACUUUUAUUUUCUGAACAGCAACUCUACUUUUCAUUGCCCUCUGCCCAUUGAUGCCCUGCACACAUUUUAUAAGAACAGUCUGCAGGCUAAUGCAAUGUGUAAGGUCUUGCAGCCACAAAGGAAAACUUUCACUUGUAUGCCAUUUCCUGCAUGUAAUGGAACCUAGGGAGUUGCGAUGUAGGCUUACAAACAUUCCUAUUCUGUAAGUACUUUUGCAGCUUUUCCUUUCAAAAUCAAAUCUAAGAUUCUUAAAAACGAUACAAGUGCUAUAGAAGCCACAUAGCUUGCUGAUUGGCUCCUUUUUUGCUCUUUCUCAUAUUUUGGAUUUUUGUAUACACGUUUUAUAUAUACGUGUAUAUACAUUUUUGUAUACACAACCAAACAGUCCCUGCCUCUCAUGCCAACACUUGACACAUUUCUAAUUCUGAUUCUUGUUCAUUGUUUUGUUCAAAAAGCGCAGAAUAGUUACAACUGCUUCCUGCAGGACUUGUAAAAGUAAAACUUAAAAGUAAACUUGGUUCCAUUCAUCCCAAUAGAAAGUACCUAUAGGAAUAAAUGCAGAUCACUUCCUUUUGUUAGAAAUGAACAGAUAAAAGUCUUUGUAUGUGGAGAAGUUUUCAUGCGGGCAACGGGUUAUUUUAUGAGGAUGUUUAUCUGUGGUAUCAGUUGAUUAGACUUGGAGUGUUCUAACUUGUAUUACUUGGGCUUUUAUAUUUGCGUGUUUUCACUUGGAUGCUAGGGACCAUUUGGAAGUUAAAUUGCACUAAUUUUCUACUGAGUGAAUGUCUACCCAGAAAGUGUGACUUGCAGAACUUUUGCAAAGGAUCUGAGCCAUUAUCUAGUAUAAUCGUAAUAAUCUGAGGUGGAUGUUUAUAAAGGAAAAAAAAUGACUGUGCUUCUCUUUUAUUGAAUGGCCCCUGGUAAUCCUGUUCUGUUCUUCUUUUCCUCUCGGAUUGCAGGUUCCUGAAGCGGGUAUCUGAGAAAAUGGGCGACAUGUUGAAGGAGGUUACAUGCAGCUGCUUUUUGGGGGGAGGGUGUUAGGCCCAGCAAGAUGGGAGAAAGCCAGUUGCAUGAAAGCAUGUAGGCAUAUGUUUCUCACUAACAAUGUUAGCAUUUCUCUUGUGUGUUCAAAAUUGUGGUAAGCUCUAAAGCUCCAUCCCAACAGAACCAAACACCCCAGUUUGAAAACAUAUCCUCUCCAUAGUUUGAAGUUCUGAAAUGCUAACUGUUUACCACUUGCAUUUUAUAUUGGCUGUUUCAGCUGCUUCCUUUUCCAUAUCCAUUUUCAAAAUCGGCGUUCAGUCGAAAUCUUGUCAUUGACAGUCUUCUGCCUGUGCCACUUCCAUGCUCGCCCUAACCUUUUCCUGCAUGUCUAGAUACGUGUCAGGCAUGUUCGCCUAAUGUUUUGUACUUCCAUAGCUCUUCCUCGUCUCCUGCAUUUGUAGCAACCUCCAGUACUAAAGUUUUUAUUUCCCUACCCGUUUAUGUCACUGUAAUUUGUUCGUUUGUUUUAUCUUCUUCAUUGUGACCAUUCCAGUUCUUUGACGUUACACCGGCUGUGAAAGUAACAUUCAUUCUGCUUUGGGAAUGGAAUACAUCUCAGCACUAGGCCAUUCCAGCCUACCCUCAGCACCUCAAUACUUUCUCAUGAGCACUGAAAUCCUAGGAUAAUAAAGAGCACAGAUUUGCCGCUAUAAGACAACCAACUCUUUUCAGAAAUCAAGUGCUUGUCAUUCAGAUGCUGCCUUAAACUCUCGAGUGCCUAAAUCUGUUGAUUGCCAACAAUACCACUUCAGUAUCCCGCCAAGGGCUAUUGGGUCUCAGCUCUGUAUGACCUCAAUCUUUCUACAGUUCUGCAGCUGUUGGUAGCCAAUGGUAGAUGUUUUCUCGAUCUCUACCAUUCCACAACUCAAGGUGCAUUGUGAACGUGACACAUUGGAAAACAAAAGUACAUGUAUCGAUUUUUUUUUACGUCCAAUGAAUGUUUUUAAUAGGAUUUUUAUGGGAGCCUUUUUUUAAUUGCCUAUUUUUUUUAGUUGGGGAUGGGAGAAGACACCAGUUUUUAAAUGAACUGCAGUGCUCGUCUUAUUUCCAAGUAUGCUUUAUUGUAAGGACCAGUUAAAAAUUGGAGUGAUACUUUGUAAUGAUCUAUGUGCACUUUUAUUUGUAAACAUUGCGAUUUGGACACAUUUAUACAUGUAAAUAUAGUUGUCUGCAGCACCCCGUCAUUGCUCAUGUUAUUUGUCUGCCAUUUGUGAAUUAUGUUAACGAAACCAUUGAAUCUAAGCAAAAUAGGAUAAUCUUAGUAUAUGGGAAGGGAUGGGAGGGGCAAAGGAACAGUUAAAUUAAGCUUCAUAAACCAGCUUUCUGCUGUUUGUGGUAAUAUUUAAAAUCCUGCUUUUCUAAAGGUGGGAAUCAAAGCAAUAUUUGGACACGGCAAUGCUGGAUUCCUUUAGAAGUUUUUUCAGUGUUACUAGCAGUUGUACUAUCAGUAAAACUAAAUCUGUGUGACUCUUGUGUGGAAAUUUCUUCCUUUUGACUAUUAAGUGUGCCACUAUUACACAGAUGAUUUAGUGUAUUUACAUUGAGGGUGAUAAAACACUAAAGGUUAGAGUUUUGGGAUAUUGUAAACAGGGUUAUUUAUAAUAAUGUGACCGUAUGCCAUUACUGACCAAACUACAUGGAAUAGUUGUUUGUUUAAUGCUGGCUUUUCAUUUUAAAGUUCCAGAUGAAAGACAAUGAUUAGGUUCUCACUCUUCCAGCCAAGAACCCUAUGGAUUUAGCUUAACAGCCAGUUUGAGCUGCUUUUAACACUUCCAGUAAAGGACUAAUAGUUCUUUUGUGCUACUGUUUUUGUAAGGCAGGAUUUGUUUCCUCAGGAGGAUCUUUUUCUUCCUGUGGUAUAAAGCAACCUUUAUGAGGGUAGUUAAAUGUAAA